AUGAGCUCAGACUCGAAACAAAAUACUGGGAAAUCUUGCCUUGUUUGUCGAAGGAGAAAAGUUAAAUGCGACAAGACAAAACCAGUGUGUCAAACUUGUAUAAAGCACCGAUCCGAGGAACACUGUCGAUAUGAGGGUAAGGCUAAUAUAAGGUUUCAACAUAUUGUCUUUGGGGGGAGGACCAAUACAAGUUCGAGUGGCCUUCUAUCGCCUGAAGAAAGGAUCCGUUCUGUUUCUAGCAAAGAAACGAGUUUGAUCGACUCCAAGACUGUGGAAAAUACUACAGUGCCAAACGCUACGAUACCAAACGAUACACCGAACGCUACGAUAUUACCAUCUUGUGUCAAAGCACAAGAACCCGAUCUACAAAUACCAUCGCUGCGCCAAUUUGAUGAUAUGAGUUUCAAUGAAGGUCGUGAUGCUAUUGAAGUGAAAGCCGGUAGGCUUUCGUUUGCGGGACCCUUACAUUUUGUAGCAUUGUCGCGACGCGAUCCGUUUCUCAAUGUGAUGACUGUGUUGAUUCGCAAUCAAAGAUUCGAAAAUCAUGAAAAGAUGGGUAAAAACCAACCUAGGGUGACUCUCAAGUAUCCAGAUGUGACUUAUACGCAGGCCGAGAUUGCUGACCAGCUCAUCUUGAACACGGAAGAUAAAGUAUCUUCACCUUCGCCGAAGGAUGGCCAACGUGUUAAUCACUCUCUACAGAAAGGUGCAGGCAACCAGAAAGAGAGUGGUGAUGAUGCCUCCAGUGGGUCCAAAGCGGUCGAAGUCGAAGACACCAGUAGAGCAGCAGAUAUACGAUUUCAAAGAAAACUUAUUGAGAAUGAGGGACUGGACGAAAUCGAUACGGAUGAUCAAAAAGACGAACUUUCGUAUAAUCCACUUUCAGUGGUCAAUCUUCUCAAUUCGGAGAGCAAGACUAUACAAGAACUUCCGGAAACUGCAACAGAAGCCAAAAAUGAUAUUUUGAUUUGGCGCAAAAUGCAGGUCUUGCUCGAUACGCUCAAGCGGCGAAAGACCGAUGAGGAGAAAAAAUGUAUCGCAAACGAAAGGGUUCCUGAGAUGCUAUUCUCUAACUAUGCUCAUGGGAGUCCCAGUCAAGAAUAUAUUGUAUUGCAAAAAAUUCAGAGCAUACUGCCGUCAGAUAAAAUAAUCUGGAUUCAUGUCGACAAUUACUUUGCGUCCCCACUUCAUGGACUUUUCCCUGUAUUGAAUGAGGACUGGUUUAAAGAUACCAUUAGAAAACUUAUCGGUGAACGUAUAGAUAGCGAUACGAAGCCAGCUAUUCGAAUUACCAAGAGAUUCGAUAUGUCAAAAGUUGCGUCUCUUUUGAUUGUGUUGAGACUUUCGUUUCUCACCUAUCCAGAGCAUAUAGGCAAUUGCGUCACGGAAGAGGAGAAACUUAUAGUCUCUAACCCUAUUGGUAUUGAAUUUGUCAACGUGGCUCAAAUGUGUCUGAAUCAAUUCAAGAUGCUUCGAAAGGCCGUUUUACCAGUUUUGCACUGUGCUAUUAUGCUGAGGCUUUAUCGAAGAUUUGCACCGGAAGAGGGUGAUAUUGCAGAUGGUGGUGAUUCAGAACCCUUUUCAGGUUUAUUGGUAAGAAUGGCGACCUCGAUAGGUUUAAACACGGAAGCGGAGACAUCAUCUCAACUUUCAGACAAUUACAUGUAUCUACAAUCCUGGAGGAAAUGCUGGUACGUGAUUUAUUUUUUGGACUUGUACGAGGGCAUGAACAUGGGAAAUAGUCUAAUGAUUGACGAAAACAGUUUUAGUACUAAAUUGCCCACCUUGGAUUACAAUGAGAAUGGUGAAUACCCUUCCUAUGUUACUAAUGUUGGUUUGGAAAGCGCCUCUCUUAGUUGUCUACAAAACAAUUUCCAAUUUUCUUUGCAGUGCCGGAAGUUACUCCAAAUUGUAGUUAACAAAAGAUUCAAAACCAAUUGCCAAUUGGUCGAGGAUACUGCGAGGAAUUUGGAGACGCUUUUGAGGGACAGCUAUGGCGAUGGAUUAAAACGUAUCGUUUCUUUGCCAUGCGACACCAUCAAAGGCGCGGUUACCAAAUGUAAUAAUUUCGUGACAUUCAUAAACACGCUUUCGGUCUUGGCAAUGGUCUAUUACCAUCUUCAUUUGCAUUUAGAUAACCAAGUCGAGAAAAGCAGGAGCGCAUCGGAGGCCAGUUUCCCAAUCUUUUAUCUCAAGAAACUACUAAGGCUAUAUGUGGAAAUUGAGCCUGUACUUGUUGUUCUCUUUUAUGGUUGCCGCUCUUCUCAAGAUAAGAGAGAUAUUGUGGACGAAAUGUUUGGGAAGCAUUCGAAAAUGGUAAUAUUACAAAGUUGUGGGGUUUUCAUCGUUCGAUUUACCGUCAUCCUUCGGUGCUUGAUCUCGAAAUUCCAACACUUCAAGUACAAUCACAUUAAAGAAUUCAGCUCAAAAUCAAGCCUGGAUGUCGCUGGUGUGACCGCGGUGGUGAAUGAAAUAAUAACUGUCACUCUUGCGAAAUUUCAAGCAAUCAACAAAAUGACACAUGUCUUGAGUAAGACACAUUUUUAUGCAUGGAGAAUGUCGAAAGGAAAUACUUACAUUUACAAUUUGCUAAAGGAUGAGUCAAAUUGUGUGUUUGAUUCGGAAUCUCCAAUCAUGGCCCGAUAUCGCAAAAUGUCUUAUAGAGACGCCAAAGCAGGUACCCAUCAUGACCAUUCGCCAAAUUCGUUGAAUCCUUGGGAGGUUUUCCCCAAGUUUAAUACUCUCGUAUUUUCCAAGGUCCAAGACUUUGACAAUAUUUUGUCGAUCUUGAAUUCAACUGACUGGUACAUUUUUUCCAAUACGCUAACAGAAAUCGAAAUUAAUUCAGCGCUUAGGGCUUUGGGUGACUACUCGGAGCUAACCACCAAGAACGGAACCAGAAGAUUAAAAAUUCGCAAGUCACUUGACCCAGAGAAUGCAACAGUGAAAUUGAGAAACAUCGAACAAUCUGACAUUUCUCCACAAGAUUUAUCAGAUUGUCCAUCUGCGACGAGCAAUAAUACGAUACCUAGCAGUUGUUCACCUUCAAAAGAGGGAAACAAUGGUGUCACCGAAAUUGAUGCUUUUUGGUAUCAAACGAAACUACGGAAUGCUAAUGAUAACAAUUGGGUUGCCGGGCUCCCUGCGAGGAAUAUAGACUACGCCAUAGCAAAUGAUCACAAUCAAUCGGCGGUGGCCGGAAUAUCUCACAGCGAGGACAAUUUCAACAAUGUAGGAUUGGAUGAACUCUUCCAUAAUCAAGAACUUUUACAGGAACACGUUAUGCGACAACUUCACGAAUUGACAAAAGAUGGGCUGAGCUCUGAUGAUUUGGGGGGACGCAGGAAAAAAAGGCGCCGGAUGCCAGAACAAGAUUUGUCUGGUCCUACUGAACAGAGACUUCAUUAUCCAGACAUUUUUGCUCUAAAUACGCUGGAUGUAUUUAUGCCAUUUGAAAACCCCUACGACGAUGAAUUGGACUUAAACUAG